AUGUGGAUCAUUAUCCAGACCGGUCUUGAGCUUCCACGUGACGGCACUGGAGAACUAGUCUCAUGCGCCAACUGGGAUACCAGCAUUAUGAAGAAGGUUAAAGUUGAUGCCAAUGCAACCUGUAUGCUACAAUGCGAGUUGACAAAAGAAGAACUGAACAAAGUCGGAUCAUUCUCAAGUGCGAAAGAGCUAUGGAACAAACUAAUCGAGCUGCACGAGGGUGCUCUCGACGCUAAGGAAGGUGAGACGGCGAGCCAACUUCACGCACGGAUCCAAGACCUUCUCAACAGCCUCCAUGCAAUCGGCCAGAGAAUAGAAAACCGCGACGUAAUAAGACGAACUGUUUUCCGAAUUCGAAUUGCAUGA